AUGGCGUCAAAAAAACUAGAAGAAAUUUCGUCCGCUUGCGAAGCUGCUGCACAAGCACUUCAGGCAAUUGGUAAUAUAGGAAAUGCUGAUAUUCAAAACUUAGCUGCAUCAACUGCAUCGAGCGACAAUUCUGUUGCCUCAACGUCUACUACAAACGGUGGAGAUGCCAUCGCAACCGAACUAGCGCGACGAUUUCCAACAUACAACUCCAGAGGCCGGAGACCCAGCGGAAAUGUUGUUGGAAGAUCAAGAACACGAACUUUGGGUAGAAAGCGACGUUCAAAUAGCCGUGAAAAGCCACCAGAAUCGGAUGCAAAGUCCGGACGACCUGCCAAGUCCAUAUGCCACAAAGAUUUAGUUAUUAUACCAAACCCGUACACUAAACAAGUACCAAGUCAUUCAAGUAAAGUGAAGCUCGAAGAGAGAGGGCUAAUAAUUCACAAAUUUCCGUUCGACAGACGAUGGAGUCCCGUUGAACUCAGGGAAAAUAUUGAAAGGCAACUUCCCAGAGAUGUUCUUUUUCAAUUCAUGAAGGCUUGCUAUGGAACCUUGGUAAUCCCAAAACUGGCAGAUGGAGUACAGAUGAAUGGCGAGAGAAUAAUAAAAUUCUCUGGUCAGGGAAGUGUGUACAUCAGAUGCCUUGAUCCCCUAGAGGAAGAGGAUAACGAUGAGGAGGAUGAGCAGCUCUUACAUUCUGCCUUUUUUGAAAAAUCUGAUGAUAGUGACCAUGGAAGCCAAAGAAAAGAAACAUUUUCACAAAUUUGUGGAGAAGCAACCCAGCAUGCCAUUCCACCCCAAAUGACAGUUCCAGAUGAACCUUCUGUUUUAGCUCAACCUGUUAACGUUUGUGAAGAUCCAGUUAUUUUGCCAUCUCCGUCUAUUGUAUCUUGA